AUGGGGAGUUGUGGUUUUUGGGGUGUUUUGUAUGGGGUUGUUGGGGUGGGGUUAUUGGGAUUGUGUUGGUUUGGGUGUGUGGGUUGGGUGUUGGGUUUGGUAGGAGUUGGGGGUGUAGAUGAGAGGGGGGGGAGGGGGGGGGGGGGGGGGGGGGGGGUUAGGGUUGAGGAGGUGGAGGGGGGGGAAUUGUGGGGGGGGGGGGGGGGUGGGGGGUUGGGGGGGGUUGGGGGGGGGGGGGUGGGGGGGGGGGUGGGGUGGGUGGUAGGGUGGUUUGGGUGGGGGGUGUGGUGGGGGUGGGUUGGAUGUAUGGGGAGGGGGGUGGGGUGGUUGGGGUGGUUUUGUGUGGGGGUGGGGUGGGGGGGGGGUAAGGGAGAUAGGGCGGGUGGGUUAGAUUUGGGGGUGAUUGGGGGUGUGGGGGGGGUGAUUUGGGUGGUGGGGGGGUGUUGGUUGUGA